AGGACUCGACGCUGCCCGCGCCCCGCCGCCGCUGCCGCCCCCCACCCCGGCCCCGGCCUCAGGCGUCCCCGCCAUGGCCCGUCCGAUGCUCUUGCUCGUCCUCGGCCUCCUGGCCGGCCUGCUGCCGGCACUGGCCGCGUGCCCCCAGAACUGCCACUGCCACGGCGACCUGCAGCACGUCAUCUGCGACAAGGUGGGGCUGCAGAAGAUCCCCAAGGUGUCAGAGAAGACCAAGCUGCUCAACCUGCAGCGCAACAACUUCCCGGUGCUGGCUGCCAACUCGUUUCGCGCCAUGCCCAACCUCGUGUCGCUGCAUCUGCAGCACUGCCAGAUCCGCGAGGUGGCUGCGGGCGCCUUCCGCGGCCUCAAGCAGCUCAUCUACCUGUAUCUGUCCCACAACGACAUCCGUGUGCUGCGCGCCGGCGCCUUCGAUGACCUGACCGAGCUCACCUACCUCUACCUGGACCACAACAAGGUGACUGAGCUGCCCCGGGGGCUGCUCUCCCCGCUCGUCAACCUCUUCAUCCUGCAGCUCAACAACAACAAGAUUCGGGAACUGCGCGCUGGUGCCUUCCAGGGCGCCAAGGACCUGCGCUGGCUCUACCUGUCAGAAAAUGCGCUCACUUCACUGCAGCCCGGCGCUCUGGACGACGUAGAGAACCUGGCCAAGUUCUACCUGGACAGGAACCAGCUGUCCAGCUACCCCGCAGCUGCUCUAAGCAAGCUGCGGGUGGUGGAAGAGCUGAAGUUGUCCCACAACCCCCUGAAAAGCAUUCCUGACAACGCCUUCCAGUCUUUCGGCAGAUACCUGGAGACCCUCUGGCUGGACAACACCAACCUGGAGAAGUUCUCAGACGGUGCCUUCCUGGGCGUGACCACACUGAAACAUGUCCAUCUGGAGAACAACCGCCUGAACCAGCUGCCUUCCAACUUCCCCUUUGACAGCCUAGAAACCCUUACCCUCACCAACAACCCCUGGAAGUGCACCUGCCAGCUCCGGGGUCUUCGGAGGUGGCUGGAAGCCAAGACUUCCCGCCCUGAUGCCACUUGUGCCUCGCCCGCCAAGUUCAAAGGCCAGCAUAUCCGGGACACAGAUGCCUUUCGCAGCUGCAAGUUCCCCACCAAGAGGUCCAAGAAAGCCGGCCGCCACUAAACAGGUCCUGACCCAGCUGGUCCUGGUGACCGGCCUCUGCCUUCCGCCGGAGAAACUACUGACCUUCCCACCUCUGACCCCCACCUUCUCCUCACAGCCUCUGCUGGCGCACAGAGCUGUCCACUUCUAGACAUGUCCUGGCAGGGGGACACAGGCACUCUGGCACAGACCCAGCUCCACCUGAUGGUGAGAGCUCCAUCACCCCUGGCCCCACCGCCACGGCUCCUCUCAGAGAAGCUAUUGCCAAGACCUCAAGUCCUUCAGAACCAGAACAGGGUGGCCAUCAGGAUGGCCACCCUUCCAUAAUCCUCCUUUCCUCUGCUCCCCAGACCUUGCCAUUUGGAAACAAACAUCAGAUCCUUGCCCCACCCCUUGCUUCCAGAAAGGGUCUUGAGCCCAUACCCCAAGUCUGACACCCUCCUCCCCUCCCGCCGCCUGCCAGGACACUCUAGCAGGACACUGGUGCUUUGCCGCAUACCCUACUGUGCUGCACUUCUUUCCCAAUUUUUCAUAAAUAUAAAUGUAUGUAUGUAUGUGUAA